AUGCACAUUAUUGCGCCGUCCAAAGAGAAGAUGGACAAAAAGGUUGUAACUCCAAAUUCGCAAAAUUAUGGAUGUGAACCCAAUCGCGGAAUUCUUUCGCCUAGAUCAACAUGUCAUCUCACAGUAACAAUGCAAGCCUUGGAGGAGGCUCCUCGCAACAUGCAAUGUGAGAACAAGUUUCUGAUUCAGAGUUUAGUCGUGAGUUCUGGUGCAACCAUAGAAGACGUUGAAAUACUGUUCGAUGAGGAAGGACAUCGUAGUCAAAGUGGCCUACUGAAUGCGAAGUAUAUUUUCCCUCCCCAAGUUCAAUCAGUAGUUCCCGAAGGAAUUGUAAGUUCUUCUCUGGCUUCUGAAGCUUCUGUUUGCCGACAGUCAAUAUUUUGUGUGAAGGUAGCAGGGACAAUCAUUGUCAUGCUUGCCAUAAUUUUCUUGUACAUCGUGAAAAAGACGUUGCUGCUCAUCUGGAGUUUAAUACUUCUGUUCAUUAUGCUGAUGAUAAAGCUAAUAAGUCAGUCCGCGUUAGAUGCAAUUAAAGAUUGGAUUUCAGACAUUCUAAGUGACACUUUUGUCAAUCCUCUUUGUAGAAGAUUACAAGAUAUUAUUGUGCAUGGGUUCAAACGAAACAGAGAUAGAGACACGGACAGAGACAGAGACGGAGACGGAGACAGAGCAUAA